AUGGCAGGAGAUCACGAGGAGCACGAGGGCGCCUCCGUCCAGGAGCUCCUCAUCGAGGCCGCACGGCGCGACAACACAGAACUCUUCAACGACGUCAUCGCCGGUAUCAAGGACGAGAACGAGCUCUCCCGUAUCCUCAAUGAGACCACCACCGUCAUGGGGAACCACCUCUACCACGAAGCUGCCUCCCGUGGAAACUACGACAUAAUCGACCUCCUCCUCGACCAACCAAACUUUGAAUGCGAUCCCAUCAACCGCCAAGAAGGCGACACACCCCUCCACACCGCCAUUCGCUGGAUCAACAACGAAUCCCAAGCCAACCGCGAAUUCGGCAACGCCCUCGUCGACAUGAUGCUCGAAGCCGGCUCCAGCCCACGCAUCAAGAACAAGGGCGGCCUCACGCCCCUCCAGCUCGUCGACCCCCGUAACCCGGCCCUUCGCGAGCUCAUCCAGAAGCACGAGUACGCCUCGCUCAACGCCGGCGACUUCAUCAACGUGGACUCUUCAUCCGCUGGAAAGAAGAGCAAGGGCGGUGCCGCUCCGGCGUCGGCGCCCCCCGGUGCACCCCCUUCGAUCCCUAAUUCCGCCGCACCGCCUGUGCCGUCUGCUGGCUACGCGUACGACGACGAGAGUGACGAUGAUGCCGAGUUCAGUGGUAGCGACGACGAGGAGAGGGCCGAGUGGGAUCGGAGACGCAAGGAGCGUGCCGCGCGCAAGGGUUGA